AAACUUCAAACCCUAAAACCUCAAUUCCAAACACCAAAAAAAUGUCAGACCCUGAUUCAUCAUACAACCUACGUUCAGAAGAGAAAGAGCAAAGUCUUCUCUCUGAACUAGGCCAAGGCCUAGUUCAGGAAGAAGAGUCUGCUGAUGAAGCUGAAGGAGAGGAACAGGAAGAGGCGGAUAGUGAGGAAAGGGAAAGUGAGGUCAGCGAUACAGAUGUGUUCAAGAUCUUUAUAUCUACUGAUAACCAUCUUGGAUACAAGGAAGGUGACCCGAUAAGAGAAGACGACUCCUUUGAAGCCUUUGAUGAAGUGUUACAAAAGGCAUCAAAUGAUGAAACUAUUGACUUCUUGCUACUUGGAGGAGAUUUGUUCCAUGAGAAGAAGCCUUCAAGGAAUACAUUUUUAAAAACUUUCAAGAUGCUUAACAGUUAUGUUAUGGGUGAUCAAGAUAUCCGCUUUAAAACUAAGAAUUUUCAAGCUAAUUACAUGGAUCCUUCUAUCAGUAUCAAGCUACCUAUCUUUAUCAUUCAUGGUAACCAUGAUGAUCCUUGUGGACUUGAGCAUCAAUCUAAUAUUGACAUGAUCUGCACAAAUAAAUUGGUGAAUUAUUUUGGAAAAGUCAGAAACAUUGAAGAAAUUGUGGUGGAACCCAUCCUAUUAACUAAAGGGCAAACUAAAAUAGCUUUAUAUGGUAUUGGCCAUAUGAAAGAUGAGAGACUCAAUAUUGCCUUUGAGAAAAAGAAGAUUACUUUUAGGAGACCAAAAAAUGAUCCUGAAUCAUGGUUCAAUAUCCUUGUACUCCAUCAGAAUCGGUAUAAAGGAGAUCAUGUCGGAGUUAGUCGGAGAGAAAGUAUAGCUGAAGAUACUAUCCCAGGAUUCAUCAACUUCGUACUCUGGGCUCAUGAGCAUGAAUGCAUCCCCACUCCAUACAAGUGAGACAGCACAGGUGUGUAUUUCCUCCAAGCUGGAAGCACAGUUCAAACUUCAUUGAUUGAAGCUGAAUCAAAACCAAAGAUGGGUUUUGUUCUUCAAGUAUUUAAAACUGCUUUUCAGCUAAAUAACAUUCCAUUAGAGACUGUCAGACCUCUAGUGUAUCAGCACAUUGAAAUGAGCGAUAGUAACAUUGACAGCAAAGACAAGCAGAAAAUAGAGAAUUAUUUAUGAGGAAUCCUUAAUAAAAUGAUCGAGAAAGCAAACAUUUUAUACAAGAAUAGGCCUCAAAGAGUAUCAUUACCUCUGAUAAUGCUCAAGGUAGAGUGCACAGGAUAUGAUUUGAUCCAUUCAAGAAAAAUAGCUCAUCAUUUUCAAGGAAAGAUUGCUAAUGUCACUAGAUUCAUACUUCCCCAUAAACGUAUCCUUGCAGGAAAUUCUAGAGCUGACAAGAUCAUUGCUGAAGCAGCUUUUAACAAAGCCAUGGGGCUAAAAGCAGGUACAUCUGUUCUAGAAGAGCUUGAUAGGCUUAAUAAAAGCGACAAUCCUCAGUUUGACGGAGAUACCAAUGAAAGAAUGCUACAUGAUUUGAUUUAUGACUCCUUCACUAAAAAGAAGAUGCUACAUAUUGUUCCAAGAGACUCCUUCAUCCAAGAGUUAGAGAACUAUGUCAACUCAAAUGACAAUAACUCUCUCAGAGAUUAUUUCACAGUGCAGGUGUAUAAAGAAGCACACACUGCUUUGAUGACCAUUCUGAAAAGAAAUAAUGGAGUCUUAUGCAAUGAAGAUGACCCUGGAUUUGCCAGAAUGGAUGAAAAGAUCCUUGAAAUAGCGAGAAACCACCUAAAACUAAGAGAUAUUGAGCUAAGCGGAAGCUAUUUCACCCCAAAGAAAAAGUUUAAGACCGAGGAAGAGAUUAUUGAAGACGCCGAUAAUUUGCAGACUAAUAUUGAUAAUAAAGUCAAUGAGAAGAAAGCCAGAGAAAGAAAAGCGAAAUAUGACAUUCUUAAUAACACUGACAUGGAGACUCCGAUUCAAAAAGAUGACCUCAAAUAUGGCCCUAUUGAUUUUGAGAAACACCAAGACUCUGAAGAAGAGGAUCUAAAACAAAGAAGAGAUCAGUUACUUGGUGGAGGAGUUAACAAACGUAAGAGAUCUAAUAAGCGCAACUUUAAAAGAGAAAUAGACGAAAAUGACAUCACCAAGAAUCUUCCAAAUACAGCAUCAAAAUUCAGAGCAAAACCAGGCCAUGGUCAAAAAUCCCAAAAAUCUCAAAAAGAAAGAAUAUCUCGAUUCCAAAAAGACACAAAACAUCGACACCAAAAGACAAAGACAAAAGAGUCAGACUUCGCAUCCAAAACCAUAAAAAACAGAGAAAAGAACAAAGAAAUCGAGGUUGAAGAAAUCAUUGACUAA